UCAACAUUAAACAGGAAGUGAGCGUUGAACACAUCACAAUCGCCUAUACACAAUCUCAACUAAUAUUAGGUGCAUUUUUAAUAUUAAGAAAAGAAAUCAAGAAAUCCGUUUAAAAUCGUCUUAAAAAUCUGUUUUGUGUUUAUGUUUGAAACGUCAUCAACACACCGACAUAUCGUGUGCAGGCACCAGUUUGGAUUUGCAGAUGCAGUGGUUUUCAAGAUGUCUGACGGUGCAGUCUUGUUUUUCUCUGUUCUGUUGGGGAUCUUUGCAAAAGGUCUAACAGCUGUGAUCCAGACACAGCAGACUCUAAUGGCAGCAGUGGGAGACAAAGUCUCUUUACACUGUCAGCUCAUGGAAACUAAAGAUGUCCUUCAAGUCACGUGGCAGAAAAUCUCACCUAGAGGAGACAGUAGUGUUGCCACCUACAAUGAACUUUCGGGCCAAACAGUGAAUCCUGGCUUUAAAGAUAAAGUAGAGUUUGAAGAUGCUGGACUUCAGAGCAGCUCCAUAGUCAUCAAUAAUGUGACGGAGCAGGAUGAAGCCUGCUAUCUCUGUUUGUUCAACUCCUACCCUGAAGGAGCUCUGACAGGAAGAACAUGUCUCCAAGUUUACGAGCUGCAUCAACCUGUUCUACAUGUCAGAGAAUCAAACUCUACUGGAGAGGUAGUUGUGUCCUGUUCAGCCACAGGUCGACCUGCUCCCACUGUAACACUGAGAGCUACACGAGCAGACCUCAACUUGACUGACUACGACAGCGUCAGUGUGUCCAACACCAACGGUACAGUCACUGUCACCACUACAGCUGUGCUGUCAGCUCUCCAUGUAAACAGCACACAGGUUGGAUGUAGAGUUGGAGUGCUCUCUGGUCCUCAGAUAGAGGUGUUGGAGACCAUUCCUAGGCUCAAACCCACGUCUGCUGAUGACUUCACUUGGAUAUUUGUGUUGUUAGUGGUGGCCUGUUGUUGUUUUGCUUCUGUGUGGCUUAUACACUUCAUCAUUGUCCAUGUUAAAGAAAACUGAGUAAGUCACACGGACUGUGAGAGGUUUGAAACUACAAUCAAAGACACAAAGAGACAGCCACUCUGUGGCGAUCAGAAGGAUGAGACAU